AUGACCUCACAUCAUGGCUGCCACCACCAGCAACCUUCCUGCAACUGCUCAUCUCCCGACGAUGCUCAGCGCCUGGGAUCGGAGGGCGAGAAAAACAUGCGGCGAAAACGUGUUGAGGAGGAUGCCUUUCAGAUCCUCAGAAGCCAGCUUCAGCAAGCGGGAUAUGUUCCCACGGUGAAGUAUUCCAAGCUCGAUGGUGGAAGGGUGUGCGCAAUCCUGAAUCUGCAGAAGCAUGGUACCUGUCGCCAGUAUAUUGGGCGGGCUGCCAGCUCGAAGGAUGAAGCGCGGCUCUUGUUGGUCGAUGCAAUUCUGGAAGAUGAUGCCAUGAUGGCGACAUUGAGCAACCUUGGUAUUCCGCGGCAUAUUCAGACAUCAGAAGAUUUCAUUGCAGGCAAGAGGCGAUCCCACAAGCAUUCCCAGGAUGACACAUGUAGCACAAAGGGUCAUUGUUCCUCGUCGGGUCAGGGAAUGAUAGUCAGUGAUGCUUAG